GACAAAUAAAUUUUCUCCAGCGGUAAAUAGAUAAAUGUAAUAAAUGUUAAGAUCUUUCUUUUCGUCUGUGAGGUGUGACCCCUCACAUGUCGUUGGUUUCCUGUUGGAGUGUGUGUCCUGAGCGUAUUAAUGUCGGCAUCAGAAACCGUGGCGUGGCGUGAAUGUCUGACUGAAUCUCCGUGUUCGUCAGAUCUGCUGGCGUCCCCUCACUCGGCUCCCGGAAACCUCGACAACAGCAAAAACGCCGAGAGUCGCAUCAAUGGAGGCAGCCGGGAAAACAGCGCGGUGGGCUUCACCAAGGUCGACAUGAAUUUCAUGAGGAAGAUUCCUCCCGGAGCUGAGGCCUCUAACGUCUUAGUGGGCGAAGUCGACUUCCUGGAGCGGCCGAUCAUCGCCUUUGUUCGUCUGUCUCCUGCUGUGCUGCUGACGGGCCUCACCGAGGUCCCGGUACCCACGAGGUUUCUCUUCCUGCUGCUCGGUCCGUUUGGAAAAGGUCCACAGUACCACGAGAUCGGACGUUCCAUCGCCACUCUGAUGACGGACGAGAUUUUCCACGAUGUCGCCUACAAAGCGAAGGACAGGAACGACCUGCUGUCAGGCAUCGACGAGUUCCUGGAUCAGGUCACCGUGCUGCCGCCGGGUGAGUGGGACCCCAGUAUCCGCAUCGAUCCCCCGAAGAGCGUCCCAUCUCAGGAGAAGAGGAAGAUGCCGUUGCUUCCUAAUGGCUCCGCCCACAGCUCUGACAUGGUGAAGGAGGCGGAGCAUGAAAGUGGACCAGAGCUGCAGAGGACGGGGAGGAUUUUCGGUGGUUUGGUGAACGACGUUCGGAGGAAAGCUCCGUUCCUGUGGAGCGACAUCAGAGACGCCUGCAGUCUGCAGUGUUUGGCGUCCGUCCUCUUCCUCUACUGCGCCUGCAUGUCGCCCGUCAUCACGUUUGGAGGUUUGCUGGGCGAAGCCACCAAAGGAAACAUA